AUGAAAUUCGAAAAUCUACUGGGUCAACAUGGAACUGCAGUUGCAAAACGUCUUGGAUGGAAACAAGGCGAUGAAGAAGAGAGUUGGUCCAAGAAAGCAAUUGAUAGUUUAAUGAAGAAAUUACAAAAGCACAAUAAAGAGGCACUGGCAAGUCUUGAAAUGGCACUGCAAUGUGAGGGACGUCAGCGCACUGAUUGUGUCACUAUACCACGGUCAUUGGAUGGAAGACUUCAGGUAUUACGCUUAUUACUCUGGUCCUUCAUCCAAAUGCCGCAUUACGUAUGUAAGAACAAACCAUCUCGCUGUAGAGGGCAGUCGAACCCGUAG